CGGGCGCCCCACGCGGGCGCUCCCAGAGCCUUGGCGGUGGCGCCCGGCUCGCCAGCGAGGGGUGUGCGGGCCGGGCGUGUGCCGGAGCCGCGGUAUUGCUGAGGCUCCGCGGGAGAAAGGCGGCAGGCGCCGCGUUUCGCUUCGUUGUCUCCGCCGGUCGCACCGCUACCAUGGGGUAGGGGACGGCGGAGGUGGAAGGGGACGCCGUCAGGCUGCGGCCGCCGGUGGAGCACGGAGCGGCGCUCGGCACUGCUGGGGGGCGCGAGGGGCGGCCGCGGCGGGGCCGGCUCGGGAGGCCGGGCAGAGGGGACUGCCCCGGUGCGAGCUCGGCGGCGGCAGCGGCGGCAGGCGGAGAGAUGAUUGCGGAGUUGUUGAGCAGCGCCCUAGGGCUCGCCCUGUACCUCAACACCCUGGGCGCCGACUUCUGCUAUGAUGACAGCCGAGCCAUCAAGACAAACCAGGACCUUCUUCCCGAGACGCCCUGGACCCACAUCUUCUACAACGACUUCUGGGGGACGCUGCUAACUCACAGUGGGAGCCACAAGUCCUACAGGCCUCUCUGCACGCUCUCCUUUCGCAUUAACCACGCAGUCGGAGGGAUGGACCCGUGGGGCUACCACCUUGUCAACGUUCUGUUGCAUGCUGCAGUCACAGGCCUUUUCACCAACUUCUCCAGGAUCCUCUUUGGCGAUGGGUACUGGACCUUGGUAGCAGGCCUGCUCUUUGCAGCUCAUCCCAUACACACAGAAGCCGUAGCGGGGAUCGUGGGGAGGGCAGACAUUGGAGCCUGCCUCUUCUUUCUGCUUUCCCUGAUGUGUUACAUGAAGCACUGCUCCACCAGAGGUUCCUCACUGAGUACCUGGGGCUGGAUCUUGGGAGCAGGGCUGUGUGCAGGAUGCAGCAUGCUGUGGAAGGAGCAAGGAGUGACUGUUCUGGCCAUUUCAGCUGUGUACGAUAUCUUUGUCUUUCAUCGACUGAAGAUGCCUCAGAUCAUUCCUGCUUUGUGCAAGAGAAAGAAUUCGACCCUCUUCCUCAGCAUGGCUUUCCUGGCCUGCUGGGGCAGCGCGCUGCUGGGUGUGCGCCUGUACUGGAUGGGCAACAAGCCCCCCAGCUUCUCCAAUUCCGACAACCCGGCCGCCGACUGCGACAGCUUCCUCGCACGGACGCUCACCUUCCUGUACCUGCCCUCCAAGAACCUCUGGCUCUUGCUGUGCCCAGACACCCUCAGCUUUGACUGGUCUAUGGACGCUGUACCUCUUCUGAAAGCAGUCAGUGACUGGAGGAAUCUACACACUGUGGCCUUCUAUAGCGGACUCCUCAUCCUUGCCCACUUUAGCUUGAAGGGCUCCAGCAGCGAGAGAGAGUGCAGUGGGAGACCCGUGAUGAACGGCAAGCAGAACGCUAAUGGGCACAGCUGCCACUCAGAAACGGAGUACAGGACACUGGAGGGGAAGUUAAGCUUUGCAUUGAAAGAAGAGAAUGGGAUCAAGAAGCACGAAGUGCAGAAACUGCAGCUUCCCCUAACCGAGAACAUUGUCACUCUGUCUCUGUCUCUGUUAGUAAUGCCCUUCGUUCCUGCCACAAACCUGUUUUUCUACGUUGGCUUUGUAAUAGCAGAGCGUGUGCUGUAUGUUCCUAGCAUGGGCUUCUGCCUGCUGGUCACAGUGGGAGUCAGGGCCCUUUAUGUGAAAGCCCAGAAGCGCUUUCUGAAGAACUUGGUGCUCUGCUCCACUGCGGCGUUAAUCGUUUUCUUUGGACUCAAGACCGUCGUCAGGAAUGGAGACUGGCAGAAUGAGGAGAUGCUCUACAGGUCAGGGAUAAAAGUAAACCCUGCUAAAGCAUGGGGUAACCUCGGGAAUGUUCUCAAGAGCCAGAGCAAGAUUGCUGAAGCCGAAAGCGCCUACAGGAACGCCCUGUACUACCGCAGCAACAUGGCUGACAUGCUCUAUAACUUAGGAUUACUACUUCAGGAGAACAGCAGGUUUUCAGAGGCAUUGCAUUACUAUAAACUGGCAAUUGGUAGCAGACCCACACUUGCUUCUGCCUAUUUAAACACUGGUAUCAUCCUGAUGAACCAAGGGAAGACAGAGGAAGCCAGAAGGACUUUCCUGAAGUGUUCAGAGAUCCCUGAUGAAAACCUAAAGGAUCCUCAUGCUCACAAAAGCUCUGUUACCAGCUGCCUUUACAAUUUAGGGAAACUUUUCCAUGAGCAAGGUCGCUAUGAGGAUGCCCUUACAGUUUACAAAGAAGCAAUACAGAAAAUGCCGAGGCAGUUUGCGCCACAGAGCUUAUACAACAUGAUGGGAGAAGCCUACAUGAGGCUGAGUCGGCUGCCAGAAGCAGAGCACUGGUACGUGGAGUCACUGCGCUCCAAGAGCGACCAUAUCCCAGCCCAUCUCACCUAUGGAAAACUGCUGGCUCUGACGGGCCGCAAAAGCGAGGCAGAAGAGUACUUCGUGAAGGCUAUCCAGCUGGACCCUGCCAAAGGGAACUGCUACAUGCAUUACGGCCAGUUUCUCCUAGAAGAAUCCCGCCUGGUGGAAGCAGCUGAGAUGGCAAAAAGAGCAGCUGAACUUGACAACACAGAAUUUGAUGUUGUUUUCAAUGCAGCCCAUAUGCUCAGACAAGCCAGCCUCAAUGAAGAAGCUGAGAAGUAUUAUGAAAUGGCAGCAGGACUGAGACCUAAUUAUCCAGCUGCACUGAUGAACCUUGGAGCCAUUCUCCAUCUGAAUGGUAAACUGAGAGAGGCCGAAGAAAACUACCUCCUUGCUCUUCAGCUGAAGCCUGACGACGUCAUCACUCAGUCCAAUCUUCGCAAGCUGUGGAACAUCAUGGAGAAGCAAGGUCUGAAGACAUCCAAAACAUGACAGUUGAUGCUCUGCACUUGGGUUUGCCCUGGACUUAAACUAAACCCACCGACUGGAACUUGCACAGACUUGUCCAGUCAGAGAACUCAUCGCGCUCAGCCGCAAGGAUCAGAGGUCUUCACUGCUGCUAGGAAAAGACGUUCUGAGUUUUUGGGCAUCAGGUUUUGGGUUAGUUUUGUUUCUUUUGGGUUUUUUUUCCUAGCUCAAUAGAAAAAGGGAGAGUUGGAGAUAGUCGUGAUGGACUUACUACCCCACAAUGCGUGUAGAAGUGUAGCCCUUGAGAGAAGGGGUGUUGGUGUAUUUGAUGGGUAAUUUCAGAUCCCAUAUUGUUUGCUCUUGGGUGGGUACUUGAAAUGUGUGCUGUCUAGAAACACUAAGGGAAAGUUGUACAGUGUACACUAAGCCAUAUGGGAGUAAAAGUGGUAGUAGCAGGCUGAAGUAUUUUGCUGACACUGUAAGUCAUUAAAAGGUGUGCUAAAUCCAGUGUGUUUGCAGUUUGUCUUGAUGCUGCUGUAUCUCACUUUAGGACCACUUGCUUACCAAUUUGGCAGCUUGUUUAGCCGUUUUCCCCCCUCCCAAACCUGCAUAUUGUGAUGAGAUGGCAACAUUCAAGAGUGUUUCCUGAGAGCAUGCAUAUUCUUUCAGCUUGUUGAAUUUUAGUACAGCUUUCUUCAGAUACAGUCAGGUGGCUGUGGGCUAGAGGGAGUGAGCCAGCAAUCUUAGGUGCUUAUGCAGAGUGGUUAAAAAACAUGACUUCCAGAGCUGCCAGUUAGCAACAGAAGCAAGACUGUUGGCCCUGGUGUCAAAUGAGCGUGGUGAGUGUCAUCUUCAGAGAAAACACAAAGGCACCGUGGAACAGUCUGGAUGGCUCUCUCUACAUUGCUGUGGGAUAAGUCCAGCUUUAAACUGGACUCUUCCUACACUGUUUUUGCAAUAACUCAACCAAGUGACAUUUGAACAGAGUAGAGCUUGGAUAGGUUACCAAUGGGACUCGAUGAAGGAAAAGCAAUGUUACAGGUUGGUGAGGCUAGCAAAGAACUGAAAGGACUGGGUUAGAUCCUGCUUGAAACAGUGUAGAUGAAGAGAAGUCUCUAACAGUGGUUACCAGUUACUUUUCACAGUGGUGGUCUUUCAGAAAGCAUUACUGAUUCAGGUUCUAAACCAAAUAUUAGCAUCCUGUUUGUGUUCUGACACGUGUGCUAGCAGCAAGUGCUGCCAAAGGCCUGAUAUGCUUUUGAGAAGGUUCAGUUUAUUUCUGUUUCAGAAUCACUUGACCUAGCUACUGGUUUAGUCUGCAGUUUUUCAGUGUAGAAGUAAAUUAUUUGAAGAGGCAA